AUGUUUAGAAACGUUGCUAAUGCUUUCCGUUUAACUGGACGUACUACAUUUAGAGUUCGUCCAACUUCAAUCAGAUCUUACUCUGUAUUCGACCGUUCUAAGCCCCAUGUUAACAUUGGUACCAUCGGACAUGUUGAUCACGGUAAGACCACUUUGACUGCUGCCAUCACUAAAGUUUUAUCUGACAAGGGUGGUGCUUCUUUCUUAGAUUACGGAGCUAUUGAUAGAGCUCCAGAAGAAAGAGCUAGAGGUAUUACCAUUUCUACUGCCCACGUUGAAUACGAAACUGAAAAGAGACAUUAUGCCCAUGUUGACUGUCCAGGUCACGCUGAUUACAUUAAGAAUAUGAUUACUGGUGCUGCUCAAAUGGAUGGUGCUAUUAUUGUUGUUGCAGCUUCUGAUGGUCAAAUGCCACAAACUAGAGAGCAUUU